CUGAGAUAGUGAGGAAAAGGCAACGGGAGGAAAGACCAUGGAGGGAGAAAGCUGGAUGUAUUAGCUAGUUUGCUACUAAGGGGACCUUUUUUUCCUUCUUUCACUUUAGCCUGAAAAAAUACAAGCGCCUCAAUGUGGCGGUAUCCGGUGUGUAUUUUAUGUGCUUGGAAAACGUCGUAAAUCUCCCGAACGUUCAAACAUUCAACGGCAGUCUGACCGCGGACGGUUAGCACAGCCCGACUAAAGUUAGCCUGCCCCGGCUAACUUAGCUUCUCUCGGCUAGCAAGACAAGACAAAAACAGGCUAAGUGGAAAGGGAGUUAAUGCUACAAGUGGCGCUGUGGCGUAAAGUAACUAGUAAUGUUGCCUCCUGGGAUUAACUUCAGAUACGGAUGAGAAAGAAUUCGGCGACCGGGGAACACCGAGAACAACUGUGAGCCAGAGGACCACUGCUAUGUUGGGGUUGAUUCACGGCUCUGGCAGCCCGUCUGAGUCCCGAGGUUGGCCACACUCGGUGCUGUGGAGGCUUGGGGGUUUCUUCUUCCUCCUGCUGCUGGAAGGGUCCGGCUGCCUCGCCAGCCCGAGCAGCACCGUAGGCGUCAACAACAACAACCAUCCUAGCGUCAACAUAUACAUGAGUGUGGAGGAGGUGAAGAAGCUUUUGGGUCUGGAUGCAGAGCUUUACUACGUGCGAGAUGAUGUGGUGAAUCAUUAUGCGCUGUCCUUCACCCUGCCCGUGCCCAGCGAGACCAACAGCCUCCACUUCACAUGGCAUUCCAAGACAAAAGUUGACUACCGGCUUGGCUUCCACGUGGAGAACCCUGUUGCCAUGAAUCAACCGCGGAGCAACAUCUCCAGUCAGGGGGAGAUGCCAAGUGAUCCCUCCGUCUUUAGAGUGGACCUCUUUUGUUCCGGCAAGGUAGAUGGAGAGGCUGUUGUGACAGUGCAGCUCAAUCUGACCAUUCAUGCCAACAACUACACAGUGCUCAACUUCAAGAGGAGGAAAAUGUGCUAUAAGAGAAUAGAUUCUGACCCAAAGAUUCCCAUUCCUCUCAACAAUAACACUCUUCAGCGGCCUGACUUAGAUGGCGUCACCACCCCCACCAGCUCCACUCAGGUGUUCUACAUAAGCGUGAGCGUCUGCUGCAUUGUCAUCUUCCUCGUGGCCAUCAUCCUGGCCAUCCUGCACCUGCACAGCAUGAAGAGAGUGGAGAUGGAGGACAGUGUGAGUGACAGUGGGAGCUCGCAGGGCCUGUCGCAGCCAUCCACCCAGACCACACAGUACCUGAGGGCUGACACUCCAAACAACGCAGCCCCUGUCACAAACAAUCACCCUGGUUCUGCACCCAUACUCCAGCUUGCUGCCUCCUCCUUCCAAAACCCCGGUGCUCCCCCUCAUGAAACCAAAAGCUACCCAUCUCUCCGUAUAGAGAAGAAUGACCUGAGGAGUGUAACUCUAAUGGAGGCCAAAGCUAAAGUGAAAGACAUCGCCAUCUCAAGGGAGAGAGUCACACUGCGAGAUGUCUUGCAUGAAGGGACGUUUGGCCGCAUCUUCCACGGCGUGCUGCUGGACGAAAAGGACCCCACUAAGGAAAAGCAGGUCUUUGUGAAGACGGUGAAAGAUCAUGCGUCUGAGGUGCAGGUGACCAUGAUGUUGACUGAAAGUUGCAAACUACGUGGACUUCAUCAUAGAAACCUAUUGCCCAUAAGUCACGUGUGCACGGAGGACGGAGAGAAGCCGAUGGUGCUGUUGCCUUUCAUGGCUUGGGGGAAUCUCAAGCUGUUCCUGCGGCAGUGCAAGCUAGCUGAGGCUAACAACCCGCAGGCGAUCUCUCAGCAAGACUUGGUUUAUAUGGCCAUCCAGAUUGCAUGUGGAAUGAGCUACCUGGCUCGCAGGGAGGUCAUACACAAAGACCUCGCCGCCAGGAACUGCGUCAUUGACGACAACAUGCAGGUGAAGAUUACAGACAAUGCCCUCGCUCGAGACCUAUUUCCCAUGGAUUACCACUGUCUAGGGGACAAUGAGAACCGGCCUGUUCGCUGGAUGGCUCUGGAAAGCUUGCUCAACAACGACUUCUCCAGUGCGAGCGACGUGUGGGCCUUCGGAGUGACCCUGUGGGAACUGAUGACCCUGGGUCAGACCCCCUACGUCGACAUUGACCCUUUCGAGAUGUCGGCCUACCUGAAGGAUGGGUACAGAAUAGCACAACCCAUCAACUGUCCAGAUGAACUGUUUGCAGUGAUGGCCUGUUGCUGGGCCCUGGACCCCGAGGAGAGGCCCAAGUUUCAGCAGCUCGUCCAGUGUCUCACAGAGUUCCACGCAGCGUUGGGCGCUUACGUGUGAAAGAGAGCUUCUUUUUGUUUUGUUUUUGUUUUUGUUUUUUCCUUCGAGAAGAGCGACAUUAAAAGGCCGGUGGACACUAUUCGCAAGGAAUACACGUAGGAAAUUGUGCCUUAUCAGAUGAACGAGCAGACCUGCGCCCAAUGAUUUUAUUCUGUACAGUCUUUUGGAGUUUUUAUAUAGAUAAUUUACCUUUUUACAGCAUAGCAAAGUGAAAAGGAUUCUUUGUUGAAUAUUGUUGCGUAUGCUUUGAAAGCCUCUAGAAAAAUGGCAAUCAACGGUGUUCCACCUUUGCCCCCGAGGACCCCGAACUGUGGAAAGUUGUCCUCAUCUACACACAACAUCAACGCAUUUUUGUGCCAUUUUUUUUUUUAAUUCAGAAGAUUCAGCCGACCUGGUUUUAAAGACAGUAUUUUCUACAGCUUUGUUACUUAGUGAAACAGUGUAAAUUGUAGAUGUGAUGUGGAUGAGAGUUAACUCUACAGCAGAAGGAUUUAGGUACCAAAGUAGACUUUUAAAAAACAAAAAAA